AAGGUCCCUAUUAUUUGAGCCAUAUGCAUUUUGUUCGGAGUUGUGAAGCAUAUCAUUGUGAUCCAAGUCAUUAGCCAGGCUUCUAGCAGAUCCUGAGGAAGAUCAGAGAUGCAGCGGUUACUUAUUUCAGGAAUGUCGUACCUGAUUGUAUCUACACAUCACUCUUUGAAUAAACAGUGGAGCACCACGAAAAGUUCAAUAUGUGCCGUUGUCAACCCAAGAGGUCCUGAGAAUUAUCAGAAGCUCAGAAAUUACUUCUGAUCUAACCAAAAGGCUCAGCUCUGAAGGAUAUUUGCAGAACACAAC